UGUGUAGGCUGGGCAUGUGGGAUAAUAGAGAACUAGUGUGUGCGGGUGAUCGAUGAUUGAUGCGGUCUCAGUGGGCCGAAUGGCCUGUUUCUAUGCUGUAUCUCUAAACUAAAUGAAACUAAACAAUCACCCAAUAGUCUUUAUCCCAACUCCCUUGUAGUUCUUUAUAUCAUAGCCAACUUUCCCAAUAGGGUCUCAAGUUGUUUACUCCACUGAGUUCUCCCAGUAUAUCUUAUUGUCAUAGUUUUGAAAUUGUGUGCAGUUUUAUAAACAGUGUUUAUUUUAAUAACCACUCAACUUAUUUAAUAAGUUGAUUUAACUAUUCUGAUUGCUUAAUUCUAUUUUGUCGGCAUUCUUUGACAACAUUACACUUUUUUUCAACCACAAGUUAUAUUUUUGAUGGAUGGCAGGCUAUAGUUAUAAAGUAUAACUCUCGACAAGUUGAGACUUGAUUGGCCUGAUCAACCUGUUUUCAGCACAUCAUCAUAAAAGUCACUGGAUGUUCACUGAACCUGGAAAUACCAUUUCAAUACAAACUUAAUAAAUCGACUAUCGGAGCAUCCACCACAACUUUGAGCUAUUGGCCAGGAACUUGUGCUAUUAAAGAAGAAACCCAUAAUCUUUUUGACAACAGUUAAGCAAGAUAAAUUCCUACUGCAGUAAUGCCCUCAAACAAAUUUGUCCUUAAGUGUGGGAACUUUGCCGUUCUGGUGGAUCCUUAUAUUUUGCCUCGGGGAACAAAUAAAGACACCAGCUGGUUUACUGAACACCACAAGGAGGAGAUAAGUACACUUUUAAAGGAAAAUAUUGACUUAAGGAUCAAGCAAUAUCUUGAAGCAAGAAAACAACAUCGGAACGCACAAACUAAAUCAAACAAAGAACUUACACCUAAUAACCCGCUUUGCUUAAAAGGUCAAAAUUUCCGGCUUGCUGCUUAUUUCAUGAAAAGACACGCCAACUUAAGAUGUAUAACAAAACAGCAAUUUUGUGGACUCAACGUAUUCCCUGAUCGUUUUGUGGUGUGUUUAACACCCUGUGAAACUGAUCCAAUGAAGAGAAUGGCCGAGGAACAGAUUAUUCAGAGUGCUAAGCAUGGAACUUCAGAAUACUUUAUUGGUGAAUCAGAGUUCAGCGAUGCCUCCAUCUCAAUCCAGAAGAAGAAGGAAACUUUGAAGCAAAUUGUUAAAAAAAGUUGCUGCCCAAAAAUGGAAAGCCUAAGCAAAGCUGACUCGGGAGAUUCCUUGACAAAAGCACUGCCCAGUGUAACAGAAGAUGAGCAAAAUGUAGCCCAACCUGCUGUGGAUUUGAGCGGUGAGAUUCAGGAUGUAAAUAAUGGUGGAAAAGAAGAUUGUAUGAACUCAGUUCAAAGCGAGUUAUUGCUUCCUGCCAUAAAACUGGAAGAAUAUAUCAACAGGAGCCAGCCAGCGCCACAGAGCUGCCAUCAGCCUCCUCGAUCUAUUCAGCAGCUGAAGGCGGGUUUGAAAAGCACUGGGGAUGUGGGUGAGUCAACACUGCCGAAUCUCAAACAAAACGGAGUAAACAAAAAAACACAAACUACGCCAAGGAGGGUCUCUGCUCAGAGUGGAACAAAUUGUGCCGUCAGGGUCAUUUCUGGAGGGUCCCCUCCAUCUCCCGUCCAAGCCACAGUGGAGACGAACUCUCCCGAGUCUUUAAGAAAACCAUCGAGGAGAAAAACGCCAGUAAAAACGAGUUCCCAUUCUAAGAGGUCAGUUAAAGGUAAAGCAGACUGCCUCGUCCUCGCCAGCAGAGACGCAGGUGGAUACUUGCUUUCCACACUCAGUUCCCCCCAAGACUUCUGCCAUGUGAAUAAACACAAAAGGAGAAGAUUAACAACACAGAACAAGCCGGCGGCAGGUUCAGAGAUGCCACCUCCAAGUCAUUCAGGUUCUGAGUCUCAGAGCUCUGCCUCCAGCACGGCAUUGAUGAAAGGCAAUUCAAGGAAAGAAAAUGUGCCAAGAACAUCAAGACUUCGAAGGCCAAAAAAGGCUGGAGCUCCCAGGAGUGAAGAUGUUGCCCUGAGAUAGUUUCCACUGGUUGGCAGUUAGUGUUUGCAUGUUACAGGAGACAAUGAAUGGUGUGCAUUUGUACCUUACUUUAUAAAACUAAACCAAAUAAUAAACUAAUCCAAAAAGCACAUCUCUCUUCUACAACUGCUGAGAUGCCAACAGCCUUGCUCCUGUUAUUUGACCUGUAAGCUAAUAAUAAAUUCAAGACUGUCUAAACUG